AUGGACUUUAGAGAUCAAGUAUGGAGUGGAAUGAGAGGAGAAGUCGUCACUUUCUCUCAGACAGACAGAGGGAGAGGGAGACAGAGUGACAGAGAGAAAGGGAGGGGGAGGAGUGGGGAUCUCAGUACCAUUGCUACAGAUCCUCGAUUUCAUGAGUGGGAGAGGGGGUACAGUCAGAGAAAAGUAUGGGGGCCGUCGGGAUUUGAGGGGGAAGGGUAUGGAUCGGGGCCGGGGGUCUGGGUUUGUCCCUUUGGGCUGUUUGCGACCUCUCUUAGCGACUUACUCCGGCUUUCCGAUGAUGGAAACACUAAAUCAUUCACUCCUCAAUCAAUGAUGCUGAACGAAGAUUACGGAGUAGAGUACCAGGAUGAGGAGACUAGGAAUGAGUUUUGGCUCUUAAUAAUUGCUGCUCUGUUGCUUGGAAUUGUCAGUGCUUUCAGUUCGACUUCAACAAUACUAUAUGUGCAUCUUAAAGUUAUAGGAAUAUAAUUUACAUUUCAGAAUUUAA